AUGGUUUCUUUCGCUAAAAUACAAUUUGAUCUCGAGGAGAACAUUCCCGAUCACAUGCUUAUGUUUGGUAAGCAGUUCAAGAUCCUUAAUCAAAAGCUCAAUUCUUUGUUACAACUUCAAGCUAAUGCUGGAAGUCGUAAUAGUGUAUCCGGGAUUGAAGUUGAUGUCAUACUCAAAGCUCAAGUUGUCAAGCUUGAUCACAAUUACUCAGUUCUUAACACUAAAGUAGAUAUUGUUCCUGCUGCUGUUACGAAAGUCGUUGAAUUUCACAGUUUUCUUCGUACCAAAAUUGAUAAAAAGUCGGAAUAUGAUUCUCAAAGCUUUGCCAAAUUGGAAGAGUUAUUGGGAAGUUUAAAAGAGUUGCUUUCGAAGCUUGGUUCUUCUCUACAGUCUUCGAUUUCUCCCGAUUCAUUUUCUCAUAUGUUUUCUUCAUUGGAGUCUACUCUCAAGGCUGCCUUGGAUCCACUUCUAAAAAUGAUUAAUUUGCUGCCAACCGGUGCCCCACUAGUUAGAACAGGGGUGCAAGGGGGAAAAAGGGUGUUGGAGGGUAAAGAGAUUUAG